UUGCGGUUGCGGGGUUCCCGCCCCUGGUCCCGACCACCCCCUGCGUAGGGCCCCAGAGCACUGGGGAGGGGCCGGGCGUGGGGGGCGGAGAGCCCCUUCCCAGCCUGGCGCAUUCCCGGGCGCUGCUGUCACCAGAGGACGCGCCCCACCCUGCCUCCCGCCCUCCUUGCACGGCCCGGGGAGGCGAGCCGUGGCUUCGAUGCUAGCCCUGGUCGAGGAGGUCCCCCUCUCUUAUGGCUGCGGACCCGCCCUCCUCGACCUCGGGUUCCCCAGCCAGACAAUGGGGCCCGCGGGGACCUGUCUCUACAGCGAUACUUUGUGCGGACCGGGCGCCUUCAGCCGCUGCUACAAGCUGACCGACAUGUCCACCAGCGCUGUGUUCGCGCUCAAAGUGGUGCCUCGCGGAGGGGGCGGGGCUGCGCGGCUACAUGCCCGCGGCAAGGUGGAACGCGAGAUCGCUCUGCACAGCCGCCUGCGACAUCGCAACAUCGUGGCCUUCCACGGCCACUUCGCUGACCGGGACCACAUAUACAUGGUGUUGGAAUACUGCAGUCGCCAGUCGCUGGCCCACGUGCUGCAGGCACGGCAGACGCUGACGGAGCCCGAGGUGCGCUACUAUCUUCGAGGCCUGGUCAGCGGCCUGAGCUACCUGCACCAGCGGCGCAUCGUCCACCGGGACCUGAAGCUCAGUAACUUCUUCUUGAACAAGAACAUGGAGGUGAAGAUCGGAGACCUGGGGCUGGCCACCAGAAUGGGGCCAGGGGGCCGCUGCCACAGAGUGCUCUGCGGGACCCCAAACUUCCUGGCUCCAGAGGUAGUGUCCAGAAACGGACAUUCCUGCCAGUCGGACAUCUGGGCUCUGGGCUGCAUCAUGUACAUGGUGCUGACUGGCGUCCCUCCCUUCGUGGCGGCUCCUCUGUCGGAGAUGUACCAGAAUAUCCGAGAUGGCCGCUACCCCGAGCCUGCACACCUGUCUGCCAACGCGCGCCGCCUCAUCGCCCGCCUGUUGGCCCCCAACCCAGCCGAGCGGCCCAGCCUGGACCACCUGCUGCAGGAUGACUUUUUCACACAGGUGUGGGGUGUCAGCGGGACAGGGCGGCCCCUCUCCGGGGUGUCUCAGCAGCCCCAGGGCUUCACCCCGGACCGGCUGCCACCCCACUCCUGCCACAGCCCGCCCAUCUUCGUCAUCCCCCAGCCUCUGGGCAGACUUUUCCGAAAAGUGGGCCGGCUGCUACUGCCCCAGUACCGGGCACCCUGCCUCUUGGCUCCUCAGGAGGCCUCAGGUUCUGGAGAAGACGGUUCAGACCCUGACUCCAUGGAGUGGGGCAGUGAGGACUCCCUGUUGGAGAGCGGGGCUCUGUGCCCCCGAGAGACCCAUCCAGCUGUUGGCCCAGGGGACACUCCAGAGUGACCCCGCGGGGCCCGAGGGAAGUCCAAGGCAGGAGGUGGAGGCAGCCAUCAGGAACCUGCAGCUCUGCCUGGAUUCGGGUCCCCCAGGUAGGGGCGGCACAAGAUAACGUGAGAUUUGCUGAGAAGCCCGGAAGACAGACUUCCGGCUUCCCCUGGCUCUCCCUCUGGGCUGCUGGAUUUCCCUAGGCUCCCCAUUCCUGCCUUUUUCCUCUUCCAAGCAUUCGCUCUGGGCUGCCAUGUGGACUUGAGCAAUUUUAUUUUUAAUUAAAAAAAAAUGCUUAAUGAAAUAAAGCAAAGCCCUGCAGUGUUUUGGACCUUACAGGCAUUUCAGAUUUAUUGAUUGCUAAAAGCGGCUGUGACCCCAGGGUCCUCCUCAAGGCAAGAGUUGCUUGCGUAGUUUUUUUCGGCCACCCAAUGUGUUAUGCAGGAUCUUAGUUCUCCCUACCAGGGAUUGAACUGGCUCCCCCUGCAGUGGAAACACGGAAUCUUAACCACUGGACCACCAGAAAGCCCCGAGUUGGUUUUCUAUGCCCUGGACCUUUCUCCCCAUCUCCUGUGCCUCCAGCAGGCCCCUCCAGGAACUCCCGCUCAUGUCACUUCCUCCUUGUGCCCAGCCAUGCAGGACCCCCCAGGAGAGGAGCAGCCUGUCUUCUGGGCCCCCAAGUGGGUGGAUUAUUCUAGCAAGUAUCGCUUUGGCUACCAACUGUCAGACAGUGGCAACAGGGUCUUGGUUCGGGAUAGCACCCACAUGGCCCUGCACCCCCCAGGGGGAUAAAUCAUGGAGUUCCUACCCCCUGUGGGGCCAAGUCCUCCCUGCCUUCACCUUUCUUCAUUCACUCAAGUAUUUAAUAAACACCGACUGUGCAUACGUACAGGUGCUUACUGCCUGUUGGGGGAGAACAAUGCUAAAUAAACGAAUCACUAAGUUGA